AUGUUGGUGUUCUCGUUUCAACUGCUCCCAAAGGACAAACGGAUGCUGCUCCAUCACCCCCACCACAUCCUGCGACCGCCACGGUCGCCACCGACGUUUGACGACCCUCUUAGCCUCCCAGUGUGGCUCGUCGACAACAUCAUCCACGAAGCAACGGAGUUGCCAAGCCCUGCUGCCACCAAUCCAAUGACGUACGUUGACACAGAUGUCGCCGACGUGCUGUCAAUCCUCGGCCGAGCCAGUGGUGCCCCCGCCGCGAUCGUGAGUUACAUUGCAUACCUGGGAGAUGUAUGCUCGGCGUAUUUUGUCGACACCCAUGAUGCCGUCGUCGGCAACGCACCGCUUGACCGAGAAUACCUUCGCUUGAUAAUCCCUGCUAUGACGGUCACGAAUCUGGAAGUGUUUUCGUCGAUGCUUGUCCUGGAAUGUGUAUCCCACGACCAAGGGUGGGCAUCUGACCAAACAGACAACCAAACGUAUAGGAACUGUUGGAGUUGGGUUGAAUUUGAGGUCGUCGAUGCAACGAAUGCGGCCGUAUUGGUCCCGCGCCAAGUAAUGUGUCGCAACUUGCGUGCCUCCAAAACAUAUCGCCGGCAUCGGAUGCAAAUUACGGACAAAUCGAUACUGCGCCACCUGCAGCCCGGAUGUCAAGUCGUUCUGUACCUUCGAGCCCGGUACAACGCUUGGUCGAAUCACGCGCGAUACGCCAGCAUUUCUCUCAUCCAGUGGUGGGGCGCGCGCCAAGAUUGACGAAGAACCGUUAUUCAUGCAAGCCAACACUCGAUGCCAACGCCGUGAUAUGAAUACAGUCGCAAUUGAAUGGGUUUUGUCAAAGUAGGGGUCAAUUUGCAACGCCGCAACUUGCGUUCAAUGAACAACUCUGCCGCAUCACAACAUUCAAAGAUACAUAG